ACUUUUAUUUAUUUAUUUAUAAUUCUGGGUUCACUCUCUCCUUUUAUUUAUUGGUUUUUCAGCAAUCAAUUUCAGCUUCUCUCGCUCAUAUAUAGAAUCCAAUGCUAAAAACGUCUCAAAUUCAGUAAGGAAUAUUAUCUCCUUGUCUGGGAGGAUUUUGUUCUGCUUUGUUGUUCAGAAUCAUUUUCUUCUGCAAGAAUAUAUGGCAACUCUUUCUCCAUCCCUUACAAUAGGGCCCCAUUGCCUGAACUUUGGGGCCAGUGAAUUGUCUAAAUUGUCGGUUGUCACCCAUUUUCUUUGUAAAAACAAAAAGGGACAGAACCUUCAGGGAAUAGAUGUAGGAAGAAAUCUUUUCCCUAGAAAAGUUGUACAAAAUGCCGUGCAAUCUCCACAUUGGAGUCUUGAUUUGAGAUGCUUUGCGGCAUCACAAGUUUCUUUUGAGCAAACUGAACAAUCAUUUACUAAAACUAGCCAAGUUGAUGAACUUAAAAACCUAUCGACUUAUCUGUUUAGGACAGAAAUUGGUGGUCAGGUCAAAGUUUUUGUUAGAAAGAAAAGUGUCAAAUAUGUAGUUGAUAUUGAAGUUUCAUCCCUGCAAUUAUCCAGUGAUGAAAGUCAGCUGGUGCUAAGUGGGGGAAUAUACAGAUCUGAUCAACAUAUCAAAAACAGGAUCAUUGAAACCCCAUUUAUAGCAAGGUCUUCUAGUGAGUUGGCACUUGAGUUCGAAUUUGAAGCUAAAGAAGUGCCAUGCUACUUCUCAUUCUUGCUGAAAGCCUCCUCAGGUGCAAAUUCAAGUCGUUUGGAAAUCAGGAGUCAUAGAAAGACUAGUUUUUGUGUACCAAUUGGUUCUGAUCAAGGGUAUCCUGCUCCAUUGGGUCUUUCCUUUUCAUCUGAUGGUUCCAUGAACUUUGCAGUUUAUUCAAGAAACGCAGAAAGUUUGGUCCUGUGCUUGUAUGAUGAUACUGCAUCAGAAAAACCUGCUUUAGAGCUCGAUCUUGAUCCUUAUGUUAAUCGAACUGGUGACAUUUGGCAUGCUUCAAUUGAAGGUGCAUGGACUUUUGUGAGCUAUGGGUAUCGAUGCAAGGGGGACAGAGACACAUUUCAUGCAGAGCGUGUUCUUUUGGAUCCUUAUGCUAAAAUAAUUGGUAGUUCCAUUCCUAAUCAUUGUGAGUCUGGUCUGCUCCUGAAGCAUCUUGGUCGACUAUGCAAGGAGCCUGCUUUUGACUGGAGUGGUGAUGUUUUUCCAAACAUAGCUAUGGAAAAGUUAGUAGUAUAUCGGUUGAAUGUUAUGCGUUUUACUGAAGACAAGUCUAGUAAGCUACCUGCUAAUGUGGCAGGAACUUUCUCUGGUGUAACUGAGAAAGUACAGCAUUUAAAAGAUCUUGGCAUCAAUGCUGUCUUAUUAGAGCCAAUAUUUACAUUUGAUGAGCACAAGGGACCAUAUUUCCCAUGUCAUUUCUUUUCGCCAAUGAACCUGUAUGGGCCUGCUAAUGGUUCUGUAUCUGCUAUUAACUCAAUUAAGGAGAUGGUUAAGAACAUGCAUGCCAAUGGGAUAGAGGUCUUCCUGGAAGUGGUUUUUACCCAUACUGCUGAGGGUCGAGCCCUGCAAGGACUUGAUGAUUUAUCCUAUUAUUGCAGGAACAACAUUGAAGAUUUAGAAGCUAGAAAUGCUAUGAAUUGUAACUAUCCCGUUGUUCAACAGAUGAUUUUAGAUAGUCUUCGGCAUUGGGUGACUGAAUUCCACAUUGAUGGCUUCUGUUUCAUCAAUGCUUCAUGUCUGUUGAGAGGGUUUUAUGGUGAACAUUUGUCUCGCCCUCCCUUGGUUGAAGCAAUAGCUUUUGAUCCACUGCUCUCCAUGACUAAAAUCAUCGCAGAUUGCUGGGAUCCACAGAACAUGAUGCCAAAGGAAAUUCGUUUUCCUCAUUGGAAGAAAUGGGCAGAAAUGAAUUCAAAGUUUUGUACUGAUAUAAGGAACUUUUUGAGGGGUGAGGGUGCUCUGAGUAGUCUUGCUACACGGCUUUGUGGGAGUGGGGACAUAUUCUCAGAUGGACGAGGCCCAGCUUUUUCUUUCAAUUUUAUUGCCAAGAAUUUUGGACUUCCUCUUGUGGACUUGGUCAGCUUUUGUAAUGCUGAGUUAGCUUCAGAAAUAAGUUGGAAUUGUGGGGAAGAAGGACCUACAACUAAAACUGCUGUUCUUGAAAGAAGACUGAAACAAAUUCGUAAUUUUCUCUUUAUUUUGUUUGUUUCGCUGGGUGUUCCUGUUCUUAACAUGGGGGAUGAAUGUGGCCAAUCUUCUGGAGGUUCCCUGUCAUAUGAUAGCAGAAAAUUUUUAGAUUGGAAUGCCAUGACAACAGGUUUUGGUAUUCAAACAACCAAGUUUAUCUCAUUUUUUAGUUCGCUUAGAAUGAGGCGAAGCGACCUUCUUCAGAAAAGGAGCUUUCUCAAAGAAGAAAAUAUUGAAUGGCAAGGAAUCAAUCGGUCUCCGCCAGGAUGGCAAGACCCCUCCUGCAAAUUCCUGGCUAUGACAUUGAAGGCUGACAAAGCAGAGAGCCAGCUGAGCUCUGAGGCUUCUCAACUGAAGGGUGACCUGUUUAUUGCCAUUAAUGCGGCUGAUAAAGCAGAGAGCAUUAUUCUACCCCCACCUCUUCAAGGGAUGUCAUGGCGUCGAUUAGUAGACACAUCUUUACCAUACCCAGCUUUUUUCUCAGCUGAUGGUAAGGCUGUUCCUGAGCAAACGACAGGAUUAGUUGCUUAUGAAAUGAAGUCUCACAGCUGCACUUUAUUUGAAGCCUGCGCUGGUGGUAGUUAAUGUAUCCCCCUUUCACCCUCCAUUUUCUUCUUCGAAAGCUUUGUAGACCGGUAAAUGAUAGAGGUACAACCUUCUUUUUUGUGUCGUUAUAUUUGCAGAAUAAUUGUGUGACAACAGAUUGAAGCAUGCAAAACUGGAUGGUUUGCAAGGUGAG